UACUCUGGCUGUGCCGACAUGGGGCUGCCCCAGGCAGGGCUGUGGCUGAAGAGGCUCUGGGUGCUCUUGGAGGUGGCUGUGCAUGUGGUCGUGGGUAAAGUGCUUCUGAUAUUGUUUCCAGACAGAGUCAAGCGGAACAUCCUGGCCAUGGGCGAGAAGACGGGUAUGACCAGGAACCCCCAUUUCAGCCACGACAACUGGAUCCCGACCUUUUUCAGCACCCAGUAUUUCUGGUUCGUCUUGAAGGUCCGUUGGCAGCGACUAGAGGACACAACUGAGCUAGGGGGUCUGGCCCCAAACUGCCCGGUGGUCCGCCUCUCAGGACAGACGUGCAACAUUUGGGAGUUUAUGCAAGAUGGCUGGGCUUUUAAGAACAACAUGGACAUCAGAAAUCACCAGAACCUUCAGGACCGCCUGCAGGCAGCCCACCUACUGCUGGCCAGGAGCCCCCAGUGCCCUGUGGUGGUGGACACCAUGCAGAACCAGAGCAGCCAGCUCUACGCAGCACUGCCUGAGAGGCUCUACGUAAUCCAGGAGGGCAGGAUUCUCUACAAGGGUAAAUCUGGCCCUUGGAACUACAACCCAGAGGAAGUUCGUGCUGUUCUGGAAAAGCUCCACAGUUAAUCUGGACAGAUACCUCAAUUCUAGGUGACCAACAGGAGUGCUUCUCAAGGCUUAGCUCUCCCUGAGACCCAGCUGGCUUUUACCCUUGACCUGCGUCCCUAGCUGAAUCACUAGCUCAGAUUUUUCUGAUCUAAGCAAACAACUCGCAGCUGAGGAAUGCAGGCCACAGCACCCAAUCAAGACAAAUUGUUAUUAUCAGAAAAUGAAGCAACACUUGAGCUGUUCAGGCCAGUUCCCUGUUGAAGAAAAUACAGCCUGACACUGCUCCCACUGUGGAGACCACAUUCCCUGCACACUGUCUUUGAGAGAGCAGUUGCACUCUACAGGCGCACUUCUGAGGUACGGUAUCUCUCUCCAGCCCCUCUGAUACUAAGUAAUUCAAGCUGGCAUUCCUUCUAUUAGGGAAAUUCAUUUUACCCAAUUUGCAUUUAUGGAAUUGAUCACUUAAGACACUAAAUUAGUUUUUAGAACCAAUUAUGGGAAGAAUUCCAGUUGUUAGGAAGAGAUGAGGAGUUGGAAGAGGAGGGGUUAGAAACAGGAGGAGGCAGUCAUCCUCUCCUUGCCAAAAGAUUUAAACCUGUCCACAUUGGUGGUGAUGAUGGGUGAGUUUCCAUGGUAACACAUCUCUAAUUUUACCAGGGAAGAGGAGAGUACUCACUUUACCAUCUUUGAAUAUAUUUCAUAGAAAUCUAGCUCUCUGUACCCUGAAAUCUUCCACUAGCCUCACAUUUCAACAGAGUCAUCUAGAAGGGAGGGUUGGCUUCCCAGAAGCAUAACCUUGACCAAACCAAACAACAGGCACCAGCAAUGCUGUCAUUCAGUUAUGCAGAAGCCCACAUGUGAAAUUCUGUUUCUCUGAUUUCUUCGCAAGUCUCUUAAUGGUCAUUUGUGUUAGAUUACAUCAAACUGACGGAUAACCAUUGGUAUUCAUCUAUUUUAACUCUGUAUCUUUACAUAUUUGUUUAUGAUGGCCACAGCCUAAAGUACACACGGCUGUGACUUGAUUCAAAAGAAAAUGUCAUAAGAUGCAGUAAACUAAGAACAGAACUAUUAAAAUACAUCAGGCU